CGCCAUUUUUCAAAUCAGUUUAGUUUUUGUUGUGUUUGCUACAACGAUCGAUUCUAGUAAGAAAAUGGCUUCAGAAUCGUUGAAGUACGAUUUUAGUAUGAAUAUUGAAAAAAAUAGGCGAGCAACAUUCGUGGACUGGCCUUUUGAUGAAGACGAUGGUAGCAAAUGUACUUCAGAUAAGAUGGCAGAGGCAGGAUUCUAUCACAGUCCUACAGAUCGUGACCCAGAUGUUGCACGUUGUUUUGUCUGCUUCAAAGAGCUGGAGGGCUGGGAACCAGAAGAUGAUCCAUGGCAAGAACACAAGAAGCAUUCACCUCGGUGUACUUUCCUUCUCACUAAAAACAAAAACUCUGAGGAUAUCACAAUUGAAGAGUUUCUGGACAUUGAAGUCAAACGGCAGGAGAACAGGGUUAACAAGAUUCUUCAAAAUAGCAUCAAAGAAUUYGAAGACAUUGCAAAAACAGUGAGAACUGAAAUGGAGAAACUAGURCACUGAAAUGAUAGCAAUUCACAACAAAUGUAAAUAGAGAAGAACAAACAAGAUCAGACCUUUUAUACAAUAUUCUUUUUUUAUUUUCCCCUAGCUAAAAAGUAGCUUGCAAAGGCUAAGUAGAGCUUAAACUAUCUGUGARACUUAGUACUAAAUUAUACUAAUUGUUUUGUUUUCUAUUGUUUGAUAAACAUAGUAGUUAUUAGCAACAUUUGUUUCAAGGUUUAUCAGAGUACAUCCACUCUAGCUAAAAUGUAAUAUACUUAAAGUAUUUGGAUUACUUCUUUUAGUUAAAAGUGCUAAAAAUUCAGUAGAUUGAAGUCAAAAAACCAGUGAAAUAUGUAUUACACCAAUACGUCCUUCAUACACUCUGAUUGCAUUAAUUGUUUUUUUACAGGCUUUGAUGACUUCACCUUAAAUAUUCCUGUACAUAUUAUUGAUAAUAAAAUUAAUAUUGUGUUUA